AUGAUAUUCAGGAAAAACAAGUGUGUGUAUAAAUCGCUAAUAUACCAGCAUGGAUUUAACCAACCGUACCAGUUGCAGUGGGGAAUUAGUAUCCCAUAUAGGCCUAAGGUGGAUAAAGUGGCGGUUUUACCUAGAGGUAUCAUAGUUCUUUACACUAAUGGGCUUCUAGACAAUAUGUUCCCUGCAGAAAUCGAAGAUAUUAUUGAGAAGGGAACUUUGGAAGGUGUAAGCACAGAGCAGUUGGCUUCCAGUAUUGCAACAAUGGCAUUCUUUAACUCGAUUGAAGAAAAUGUCAAUAGCCCAUUUGCAUAUGCUGCUCGGUUGGCAGGACAGAAGCACAUAGGAGGAAAGAGAGAUGAUAUUACAGUUAUUGUUGGCCAUGUUCUUGCAUAG